AUGUUGGCUGUGGCGUUCGUGCUUUUUUCCUUCAACCUGUUCCAGGUUGGAGCACCGGCAUGCCUGCCGAACCCUAGAAGCCCUAGCCAGCGGCGCAACGUCACACAUGAUGGCGAGUCCUAUCCCAUCGGUCUUUGGGUCAAUGACUGGGAUGCUGCUUAUGUGACGAGCGGUGUAGUUCACAUCCUCAUAGAGGAGUUGUUGGGCUACAACGUUAUAGAAACAGGACCAGGUCCUGGAACACUUAACGCUUUCUAUGCUCUGAUGGGAUGCGCGCGGCCGCUAAACCUGAGUGAUGCCGGAUGUGGGUCGGGUGUUACCUACAACCACAUCAACGUCGAGCAGUGGUCUGAAGAUUAUGCGAAGGAGUGGAGCGAGAUCCAGGCGAAGUAUCCCUCCAGGGCUCCUGUCGAUCUGGGCAGCAUGGGCUACGAUGGCGCCAUCUCCGCCUAUUUCCCAAGGAGUGUCCUGGCCGAGUCCCACUUUCAGGAUGGAAACGUUCUGGAACACUACCGAGGAUGGAAUGCGUCAUGGAGCCGCAAUGAGAAGUACUUUGACACCUUGCAUGCGAUUAACAGAAGCCAGAUGCAUCCCUGCAAUGAGACACGCUUUAUGUCCUCGCAGCCGAACGAGGAUUACCUCAGGGUCACAGGUGAUUCUGAAGGCCUUCGGACUCUGGCGAAUGGUGAUCUCAUUUCUCACUGCCCCGAUGGCUAUUUCUGGCUGCCUCCGGCCUGCAGGGCAGACCCUGCCCUGUGCAUUCCGUACCUGACUGGGGCCCUCGGCUGGUGGGGUGUUGAUGAUAUGAUGCAGAAGGUCACGGCUUUUGACAUGCCGAUAGCAAUCGGCGUGGCCAGAAAUUGGGCGGAGAUGCCUCUGCGUGUCAAGAGCACUUUUUACUGGUGGGUGCCGGAUGCAACCUUCUUGGAUCUUGACCCAGUGGGAAUCACUUUUCCACCAUACGAUUUCAACGCUUACAUGAGGGGAGACAAGCGCACGGCUGCUGCAUCCAGCGCCAUCACGAAGCUUGUGAGCCAAGACUUAUCGACCUUGGCCCCGAAUGUCGAGGAAUUCAUCCGGGGUUUGCGCUUCAACAUGAAUGAUGUCAUGAACAUGAUGCGAGACAAGAAAGCAACCGGUGAUUCGCACACUGACGUUGCCUGUCGGUGGCUUCAAUCGAAUCCUGAGUCUUGGGCCUCUUGGUUGCCUGACAAGACAAAAUGCUUUCCUGGCUUCGGCUUGUACGACACUGAUCGCAUGCAAUUCGCAAGCAGCAGGAAUGAUUCAACUUUCUUGGAAUGCAGAGCUUGUGAGUCCGGACGGUUCUCAUCGCGGCUGGAUGAUGAGCAAGGCCUCACGUAUGAGUGCAGGCCCUGUGAGCCUGGCACCAGCCAACCUUCAGGCGCUGCGCUCUCCUGCGAUCCAUGUCAGUUGGGUGAGUAUCAAAAUAGCUCCGGCAGUCAAAGCUGCCUUCGGUGUGACAUUGGCUUCUACCAGGAUCGAAGAGGUUCCUCCACGUGCCGUCAAUGUCCAGGUGGCACGACGCUUGGUUUCGGUUCCGUUUCCCUGGCAGACUGCGGGUGCAAGGCUGGCUUCAUCAAUGUAGAGUCCGGCAUUGACAACUUGAGUUGCGUGGAGUGUGGAGAAGGCUUAGUCUGUCCUGCACUCGCCAGCCGGGAGAGCCUGCUCUCUGGCACUUCCGCCCUUGGUGAGCAGUUUGUUCCAAAGCUGUUGGAGAACUUCUACAGCCAGGCAGACGAUCCUCUUGCAGUGUUCAGGUGCAUAGGAGACCUACGAUGCCCGGGUGGCAAGCCGGGGAGCUGUGCUGGCGGACUGCAGGGCACCGCUUGCACCUAUUGCCAAGAAGGAAAGACAUGGGACGAGGAGAAGGGCUGCACGGGGUGCUCGCCGUUGCAGAUGCUGGGCUGGAUUGCAGGUGUUGCAAUGGUGUGCAGCGGCCUCAUCGUAGCAUAUUAUGCCCUGACCUCGCAGAAUACUGCGAAAGCUUCAGUGCUUUUCACGACAGCUUGUGCUUUCGGAAUGACAAUUACGGCUCUGCAAAGCGUCGGCAUCAUUGGAAUGAUGACAGUCGCUCUUCCGGAGGGCAUCGCCGGCAUCUACGCUUUCCUGCAAGUGUUCCUCCUUGAUAUUGACAGCUUGGGAUUCAGCUGUUUAGCAGGCAACAUUGUGCCUUUGCGCUACAUCGCCUCAGCUUCCUUCUUCCCAGCUAUCGUCUUAUACCUGCUCAUCUGCCGCAAACUCUCCGGCCUGUUGCCCUCAAAAUGGAGAUGGGAAGCGAGCAAAACCUGGAGCACCGUCGGUGCCAUGCUGCAAGUUGGCUUUAGCACAAUGAGUACGAUUGCUCUCGCCCCGAUGACGUGCUUCAGCCAUCCCAACGGCGUGUACAGUGUGUUGAAGUAUCCGGGUAUUCAAUGUGGCACAACGGAUCACACCUUCAUGGUCGUGGCAGGAUCCCUGCUUCUACUUUUCGGAGUCCUCGGCUUCCUUUCCAUCUGUACUUAUGCCGUUUGUGUGGUGCCCAGAUGGAGCAGCGCAGGAGAGCACAGCAAAGUCAAGGCAUUUCGGUUUUUGCUUGGACGAUUUCGCUUGGACAGCUGGUGGUUCGGGGCGCUCUUGUUGGCAAGGGGUCCAUUGAUGUCUCUUCCCAUUGCAAUGGCAACAGACUAUCCGCCAGUUCAGGUUGUUUCAGUGAUGCUGGUCUUCCUGAUCUUCUUGAUCAUCGAGGUGCGGUCUUGGCCAUGGAAGGUUCCGCUUCUCAACGUGCUGGACGGCUUCAUCGGUCUUUGCAUCAUACUGCUGGUGGUAUCAAACGCUCUUCAGGUAGAAGCUGUCGAGGGCAUCAUGCAGCAAUUUGCGAAUACUUUCAGUAGCUGUGUCAUGGGCCUGCUUGGAUUCUCGAUGUUAUUGCUGUUGAUUAUGACGACUGCUGCCCUCUUCUAUCAGACUGCCUUGGGCGGACAGCAGGAGUUGUGUGUCUUCAACUUGCAGACAUUGCCAUCGUCGGUUCUGGUGUCCAGCAGCUUGCAUACCACAGCUUCGCAGCUGGUGCAGAUGGAUGGAUUGGAACUCCAACAGGUCUUGAAUUCUCUGGCGAUCUAUGACAUCAACUUGUUGUUAAGCUCCAUGUCACUUCUUGCCACAGAAAUCACUCCGUCAUCCGACAGUGCCUUCCAUUUUAAGCGUCGGAUCAGAUCCAGCUCUUUUGCUGCUCCAAACACACGUGUGGCUGCACCGGUUUUCCCUGAAGACAAGGCGUCUAAGGCCGAUGUGCCGGGCCGUUUGACGCAGGCUCCAGUAAUGCAUGCGUAUAUUUGA